UCACUCUUCAGUUUCACCGAAAUAGUUUCUAGGGUUUCCCUGUUUUUCAAAACCCUUCAUUUUCCCUCUCAGAAAAAAUUUGCCCCCAAAAUAAUAGCCAUCAAUCGCAUCGGAAAAGAUGGAGCGGCCAGCGAUGCAACUCACGGAAGGGGCGAUUGCGAUGCUAUCGGACCGCGACGCGCAGCAGAACCCGGAUUUGAAGCCGGUUUUGCAAGUGAUGGAUGUGAGAUUGGUGAACACGCAGAAUCAUCAAAAUGCUACUGAGAGAUACCGGCUGGUGUUGUCGGACGGUGUGAAUACUCAGCAAGGGAUGUUGGCGACUCAGCAAAAUGUGUUGGUUAACUCGAAGAGGUUGCAGAAUGGGUCUAUUAUUCAAUUAACUCAGUUCGUCUGCAAUGUCAUCCAGAAUCGCAUGAUAAUUAUUAUCAUCGAUUUGGAGGUGAUACGGGAAACUUGUGAUCCUAUUGGUGAACCGAAGCCUUACCUGCUUAGGAACAGCAAUGAUGUUUCCGCCCAGAGGCCGUCUGCAUCAGCUCAUGUUGUAAAUCAGCCAGUUAGUGUUACUGGCAGCCCUCAAUCUGCUAGUGCUGGUUCAACCAUUGGUGGGUCAGCUCCUAGACCAAACAUCACUGGGGUAACUCGUAUGCAACCUCCUGAGAUGGAUUCUGGUGCAGUUUCACAUACCUAUGGCAGUUCCUUUGUGGGUAAACCUGAUUCUGGACGAUAUAAUCCGACAAUGGCACCCCCUGUGUACUCAAAGGCAGAGCCUGGUUCUGGUACUUCAAGAUCAUCAGUAAAUAGCUAUCUGCAACCACCUCAGCCAUCAUAUCAGCAUCCGUCACCAGUGUUCACAAACAGAGGACCCAUAGCUAGGAAUGAAGCACCUCCUAGAAUUAUUCCGAUUGUUGCAUUGAAUCCCUAUCAAGGUAGGUGGACUAUUAAGGCCAGAGUCACAGCAAAAGGGGAACUUAGACACUAUAAUAAUCCCCGCGGUGAUGGUAAAGUAUUUUCUUUUGACCUUCUUGAUUCUGAUGGUGGAGAAGUACGGGUGACCUGCUUCAACAUGGUGGCUGAUCAAUUCUACAAUCAGGUUGAGCUGGGUAAGGUGUAUAUGAUUUCAAAAGGGACAUUGAAACCUGCUCAAAAAGCUUUCAAUCACCUAAAAAAUGAGUAUGAGAUCCACCUGGAUAAUACUUCAAUAAUUCAGCCUUGCAUUGAGGAUGACAGAUCAAUUCCGCAACAGCAGUUUCAUUUUCGCUCCAUUGGUGAGAUUGAAGGGAUGGAUAACAACAGUGUUGUGGAUGUCAUUGGUGUUGUAUCUUCUAUUAGCCCCUCUAGCAGUGUAAUGAGAAAAAAUGGUACAGAAACUCAGAAAAGAAGUCUCCAGCUAAAGGACAUGUCUGGUAGAAGUGUAGAAUUGACUUUAUGGGGAAACUUUUGUAAUGCCGAAGGUCAGACACUUCAAAAUAUUUGUGAUUCAGGGGUCUUCCCUGUUUUAGCUGUCAAAUCUGGUAGAAUCAAUGAUUUCAAUGGGAAAGCAGUGGGGACAAUAUCCACUAGCCAGUUGUUUAUAAAUCCAGAUUUUCCUGAGGCCCAUAAACUGAAGGAGUGGUUUGACAGCGAUGGAAAGAACACCCCAUCUGUAUCUAUCUCCAGGGAAACAGCAGGUAUUGUCCGUACAGAUGUGCGCAAAACUAUAUCUCAAAUUAAAGAUGAAAGGCUGGGCACUUCUGAGAAGCCUGACUGGAUCACUGUAUGUGCUACUCUUUCAUUUAUAAAACUGGACAACUUUUGUUAUACUGCUUGUCCCAACAGAAUUGGGGAUCGGCAAUGCAACAAAAAGGUUACAAAUAAUGGUGAUGGAAGAUGGAAAUGUGAUAGGUGUGACCAGACUUUUGAUGAAUGUGACUACAGAUACAUUCUCCAGCUUCAGAUUCAGGAUCACACAGGUUUAACAUGGGUUACUGCUUUUCAGGAAUCUGGUGAGGAGAUCAUUGGCGAAUCUGCAAAAAAUUUGUAUUACAUGAAAUAUGAGGAGCAAGAUGAUGACAGAUUCAAUGAAAUAAUGCGUAGUAUUGUCUUUAAGAAAUAUAUCUUUAAAUUGAAGGUAAAGGAGGAGACUUUUAGCGACGAGCAGCGUGUAAAGUCUACAGUAGUUAGAGCUGAGAGAAUCAAUUUUGAGUCCGAAACCAGAUAUGUGCUGGACUUGGUAGAUAAGAUGAAAAAUGAUGACAAUGGUUCUCUACCUGUGAAGACAGAAAAUGUCAUCCCAAGCUCUGGACAAAAUAUUACUGGUUUUGGAAGUGGAACUAGAGAUCCUGCAUCCUCUAUGUCAAAUUAUAAUGCAAGUACAGUUAGUAUCGGUAGGGAAAGUGGGUUAAACACAAAUUACCAAGGAACUUCCCAUGGAAGUCAAUCUGGUGGUUCUAGGUUUCCUCCAACCAGGCAAACUGGCAUGUAUUCCAACUGUACGAGCUGUGGUGGAACUGGUCACAGCUCUGUGAACUGUCCAAGUGUUGCAAGUAAUCAGGGACAGUCAUAUGGUGGUAGCUUUAGCAAUAGGGUAUCUUCUGCUGCAAAUGCUGGUGGUGGUGAGUGCUUCAAAUGCCAUCAAUCAGGGCACUGGGCAAGGGAUUGUCCUGGUCUAGUAAAUGCUCCUCCAGCUUACGGGAGCGGACAUGCGACACCUGGUAGAUAUGGGAAUGUAUCAAGGCAGCAUGUUGGUGGUUAUUGAAUUACUACUCCAAAAUGAAAUUGCAACAGUUCUGUAAAAAUAGGUGCAAGUAUUGUUUUUUGCAUUUUCAUGUUUCCUGUUGGAGGUCCCUUCUGUCAUAUUCUGAAGUUGUCUGUCUGUACAGUCGGGCACUUGAAAUGAUCUUCAAGCAGUCUAGGUCUACGUGUUUUUAGAGAUGGCAAGUACAGUGAGCCCUCGGAUCUGUCUUUGUUUGCAAAGGGGAGUCUUUGCUUGCUGGUUUGUGUAAAUUAUUUUAGCUGUUUCUUCUGGCUUGUGUAUUAGUGUUCUAAAUCACUUAAUAUUUUACAUCUGUUUUUUUCUA